AUGUCUAGAAACGGCUAUAAAGCCCAGGGGCUGACGGAUCCUGUCUCCGCCCGGCGACUGCACAACGACGGAGCCGUCAUCUUUCGAGCACUCUCCGUUGAGGUCCUCAGGAUUGUUGUCUCCCACCUAGCAAUUGAGGCGGAGAAACUGUGGCAGGAAGGCGUAUUCAAUAUAACGCCAGGUCUAUCUCUAUCUCACGCGUGCUCCCGCUGGCGGGAGAUCGCCAUCACUACUCCGGACAUCUGGACGAUCAUCCCUCUCACAAAUACUAAAUGGGCCCGGGAAUGCCUGAGCCGUUCGCAAACUCUUCCUAUUCGUUUCCUCGCCGACCCCAGCGACAGCGAACGCGCCAAGCAGUUGUCACUGAAGCAGCUUGAGCGCGUACAAAUGCUCGUGACAGAACAAGAGGAUGACGAUGACGAGGGUUGUCCUGCGCUAUGGGCUUCCGCACCGGUGCUGGAAUACAUGCGCAUCAUGUUCGCAUUUCCAUCCGAGCGUCAGCCAGCCGCUUUUAGCAACUUCUUCGGAGGGCAAGCGCCGCCUCGCUUGAGAGAGGUCUCCAUCACAAGCGCGGCGCUAUGUGGUCCAACGAUUCCCUUUUUGCGAGCUCGGACUAUCAAAAGCUUGAACUUCUCAUGCUGUACCCUGUGGAAUACUCUGGAGGAUAUGCUGGAUACACUCUCGUGUGUUCCCGAAUUGGAGGAGCUGAUGCUUGAAUAUUCCACAAUCAUAAUUAACCGUCCUUCAUCGUGGGACCCGCGCCCUUCCAUCGACAUGGCCGCAUCACCAACAUUUAUACCCCUCCAACUAGCCCAUCUGCGAAACCUAUGGUUCAAAACCGAUUUCUUUCAAGCGGCGCUUGUUCUGCGUCAUAUCUCUCUUCCCCAAGAUAUACACACGCUAGGCCUACAGAUCAUCGACGGUUGCCCGAUGGAUAGGGUCGGCGACUAUUAUAAGGCACUCUUUCUCCCAACGCUAUCGCCCAUUCUUCACGAGUUCUCUGAACAGCCGUUGUCUUCCCGUAGACUGGCAUUCACGCUGUCAUCGGGGUCGUUCGACAUUAUGGCGAGCAAACCACUGCGACCUGGCGUCGUCUUGAGCCGGUAUGCAGGGCGCCACCAUGUCAUUACCAAUGAUCGCGCCGGCGAUGGCUCCUUCCUAAGGCUUCAGUUCCGCUACAACUCACUCACGGAAAGCGGGUAUUCCUUACUGGAAUCCGUCGCCGAAACGGCACCCGCACUCUUCUCUGUGGGCUCGCUCACUCUGAAGGGUGAUUUAGACGAGGCCCUAGCGUUGUCCGAGGUGGCAUGGCCCACUGCUCUUCGCCAUAUGCAUGUAGCCGAACAUCUUGAACUCGACUGUGGGGGAUCGGUGGGGUUUGUAUAUCACGGGAGUGUUUCGUGGAUUGAACAGAACCAACCCCACACCCUCUGUCUGCGCAAUGUCACUUUGGAUACAACGACGGGCUUUAACAACCCGGAGGACUUUGAAGAAUCCCAGAAGGAGACCUUCUUCGACCUCGUGAGGGAAAAAGUCAUGCGCCCUUGGCUCAAAUCGAAUGCCCUCAAACGCGUGAUCGUACGCGAUUGCCCCCUUCAACCCUGGAUGCUGGAUGAAUUGGAGGCGCUGGUGGAUAAAGAGGGCGUGGAUUGGGAUCACGUCUUCCGUGGACAAGGUGUGGUGGAAGGGAAGAGGGCGCCAUACGAUGCUGAGCUGAGCUCCGAUCCGGACGACGAUGAGUACUGA